AAUUAGAAACCUGACAAGAGAGAUUACACACAGUGAAUGGAAACGUGAGGCCCCAAAUUCUCUGCUCAAAGAGCAUUUCCAAUUCCUCCCUUUCUCUCUCACACACUCACACACACACACACACAGUGAUACACACAGAGAGGAAGAAGAUAUGCAGAUUCUCCAUGCUCCGUUUGCUUCUACUCCGGCAUUUUACUCCGCCGCCGCAUCGCAACCGAAAGGAAGUGAGUUUUCAAUUCUGCGCAGACCUCUGCAUGUGAGUGGGAAAUCGUUGGCUGAACUCAUUACUUCUACUUCGUUUUCUUCUCAAAGACAAUUAAGGUCUGCAUGGUUCUCGUAUGGCGAUUCAGUAUGUAGCUCUGUUUCACCUAGAGCUGCUUCUUCCCAAGCAGCUGUUUCGGAAGUUGCAAGUCAAACAGCUGAGACAGAUGUCCUCAAAGCCUUGUCCCAGAUAAUCGAUCCAGAUUUUGGUACUGACAUUGUCUCAUGUGGAUUUGUGAAAGACCUUAAUGUCGACAAGGCGUUGGGAGAGGUUUCAUUUCGGUUAGAGCUCACGACACCAGCAUGUCCAGUGAAAGACAUGUUUGAGCAGAAAGCUAAUGAGGUGGUGGCAGCACUUCCCUGGGUUGAAAAGGUUAAUGUAACUAUGUCUGCCCAACCAGCAAGACCUGUUUAUGCUGGGCAACUUCCAGCAGGUCUACAAACAGUAUCAAAUGUAGUGGCUGUUUCAAGUUGCAAGGGAGGGGUGGGAAAAUCAACAGUAGCUGUAAACCUUGCAUAUACUUUGGCUGGUAUGGGUGCGAGAGUUGGUAUCUUUGACGCUGAUGUAUAUGGUCCUAGUUUGCCAACAAUGGUGUCUCCAGAAAACCGGUUGCUUGAAAUGAACCCAGAGAAGAGAACUAUCAUCCCAACUGAAUACAUGGGUGUUAAGCUCGUAUCUUUUGGAUUUGCGGGACAAGGCCGUGCAAUAAUGCGUGGCCCAAUGGUUUCAGGGGUCAUCAAUCAACUACUGACAACUACUGAAUGGGGUGAACUUGACUAUCUGGUCAUAGAUAUGCCUCCAGGAACUGGUGAUAUUCAGCUUACAUUAUGCCAGGUUGUUCCAUUGACUGCCGCUGUUAUAGUUACCACGCCUCAGAAGCUAGCAUUCAUAGAUGUUGCCAAAGGAGUCCGCAUGUUCUCUAAGCUAAAGGUACCUUGUGUAGCGGUGGUUGAGAAUAUGUGCCACUUUGAUGCUGAUGGAAAACGCUAUUAUCCAUUUGGCAGAGGUUCAGGUUCUCAGGUGGUCAAGGAGUUUGGGAUCCCCCAUCUAUUUGAGCUGCCUAUUAGACCAACUCUAUCGGCUUCUGGAGAUAGCGGAGUGCCUGAAGUAGUUUCUGAUCCACAAGGUGAAGUUGCGACCGCAUUUCAAGAAUUGGGCGUCUGUGUGGUUCAACAGUGCGCCAAAAUCCGCCAACAAGUGUCGACAGCUGUCACUUAUGAUAAAUCUAUGAAAGCAAUUAGAGUCAAAGUACCUGAAUCGGAUGAAGAGUUCUAUUUGCACCCUGCUACUGUGAGGCGAAACGACCGAUCUGCAGACAGUGUGGAUGAAUGGACUGGUGAGCAAAAACUGAAGUACGCAGACAUAGCCGAUGAUAUUGAACCUGAAGAUAUUCGAGCAAUGGGGAAUUAUGCUGUGUCCAUUACAUGGCCCGACGGUUUCAGCCAGAUUGCUCCAUACGAUCAGCUGCAAAUGAUGGAGCGUUUAGUCGAUGUUCCUCAACUUCUGCAUCAGUAGAUCCGACAGCUGUGCGAAGAAGAUGCUUGAAAGUUUCCCUGUCGGUUCGUUUGUUCUCAUGUUCACCUAAAAUGUACGAUUAUACGGAGAAUCUUUAUAUAUUCAAUUCGAUUCUUGCUACCACAGUGAGGCAGCACUGAUAAUGUAGCAUUCAAAAAAAAGCAGAAUCUGUUUUUUUUUUUUUUUACCUGUCAUAGGUGUAAACCUCAAAUUGAAAUUGUACAUAGUUAUAGACAGUGGUUGUUGACUUGUUUUGAUAAAGGAAAAUGACCAUAAUGCCCUUUCAAUUUUUGUCGAUUCUGUAGGAUGCCCUUAAACUUCUUACAAACUACAGUUGAUUGUUUCGACUU